AUCUCUUUCUCAUCCUCUUCUCUUCUCAAAAAGCCGCAUGCCCUGAUACUACCCCUUCUGUCUCCCCAAUAGCUCUUACAGCUCCUCACGUUCCUUCUCACCUCUGCCUCCUCAGUUUCACACACCCCGCCCACUCCUUCUCCUCCCCCAGUCAUCAAACACACUGAUCGCCGGACAUGGGCAACUCAGUCUCUUCUUCCAUGGAGCCCGGAUACAUCUUCCCCACCAUCCAGACCUUCAACCCACCACUCCGUGUCUACCGCAUCGAAGAGUGUAAGCUUCCCCGGCUAGCCCGUCAGCUUUAUGCCGAGGAACGGCCUUCCCAUGUGAUGGUCCAGAUCAUACCUGCCGUCGCCCUUCUGAACGCCUGUCCGGAAGCACUCGUUGUCUUCACCCUGCCCCCUGAAGAGCGCGAAGUUCUGUCAUCAAAGCACUACCCUGAAUCCAUCAUCUCCUAUCCCAGCAUAUACAGCCCCUCUUCUCCCACCUCUAGCACCCUUGACCCCGAAAAGAAGGCCCCUCUAUACUCUCCCAAGCCCAUGAUCGCUGAUCCCUUCCGCCGGUCUGACCCAGUCCGCAUCAACAGCCUUGACAGCCGCCAUUUCUCGGGCAUCACGCGAGUCAAAUACUCUUCUUCUCAGGAUGCUAUACAUCCUGACGGGGAUCUGAAUGAUAUCGACUCCAUCACACAAGCGAUGCGGGACGCGAGCUUUGGUCUGGACAGCGCCACAGCUAGACUUGCUCAAGACCGAAUUUCGUCUUUGCCCAACGAUGGCCGGAGCAGCAUCUACUCUGUGUCUCUCCCGGGUCGAGUGUCAGAUGCCCACGACCCCGCGACCGCUACCCCCUUGGUCCGAUCGACCACCCGUGAUACGGGUAUCGUUUACGCCUCGGAUCUCCAUCGCUUCUCAACCGCCCGAUACAGCCACGCUGCCGGACGUACCAGCGUCAUGAGCCUCCCACCCCUCUGCAACUCGUCCACGGUCUCUAUCCCCGAUUCUGCCACCGUGAAAACCCCGACUACGCCUGCUUUCCACUAUCACCAUCUCAACAGCCGCAGGGGCCAACUCAUUGGAAACGGACGAUCGAGAUCUACGAGCGAGCUGAUCAUGAGCGGUGCGAGUAAGCGAGAGUUGAGGAGAGUGUCGAGCGUAGUGGAUUCCUCAAGUGGGCCAGACUUGGCUCUCAUCAACAGACCGGCACACAGGUCAUCGAGCCAUUCACUUGCUGCCAAGUCUACGCCUGUCGCUGUUUUGGAGACCCCGGUUAUGACAAUUGGACAAGAGAGCAAUACUCUGGAUAAUGCCUCCAACCAAGAGAAGACCCCCCCGGUGGUAUCGUUCCCGGUUCCACAAGCAGCAGGGCAGGUGAUCCCAACGCCGAAUGAACCCGCUCCCAAGCUUGCUACCUUGGCUCCUAUGAUCAAGACUGGUGCGGCUCCUAUGCCCAAGCCCAUCCGAAGCAUCCGCCCUCACCCAUCAUCGUCUCCUGACGUCUUUGCUGGUCCCUCCCCAAAGGCCGCGUACACUCGACUGUCACUCAGAGGUCCUCGACCUCUCAACUCUGAGGUCCCCAAGCAUCUUCACCCCGUCACAGGUGCGCAGAACCACUCGCCAUACUUUCACCGAGCCAUUCAUCGAGCUUCCAAAGUGCCCAUCUGCCCCGUACGCAAGCACAAGGCUGCUGCUGGGAGGCCUCCGCUCGUGGCCAGGACAGUGACGGUCAACGGACAGCAUAUCAGGCCGAAGGCAGACGGAGGUGUCGUCUCAGAGACUGUGGAGAAGGCGUAUCGUGGCCAGCCGCUCGGGAACCGUUUCCCUAUGAUUUGAUCUGACUUCUAUUGUUUCUUUAUGUGCAUUCGUCCUUCGAUUUCUUUUGGGUUUCUGUACGUAUAUCAUCUAGAUCCGGACAUCGCUGGUUGUCUCUCGUCAGUGUUGGCUUUGAUGUGAAAAGCGCGGUCUCGGU